UAAAUGAGCCAGUCCUGUUGGUGGCGACAAUGCACGUUACGAGAACAUUAUGAAGAAGACGGCCAACGACAUUUCCUGUGCGUACCGGAAAUGUGUUUCGUUCUGUUAUUGUUAGCAUGAAUGUAACUAGCUAGCUAAUUUCGAAUAUAACAGAAACAUACAGCAAUUGUGUUGAUUUAUUCGAAGUUCAACGUACCUGAAUAGACUCUAGUUGGCUGAUAAACCAGCCUGAGACGAGAUUGCCACCUGAGAUACGUUGUCUGAGUGACACCUGCCGAAUGUAGCAACAUUAUUUUAUUCAACGUUUAUUCGAAAUCUCUGGACUGUGAACAAGAUCAUGGAAAAAGAUAUGCAGGCAGGUGCUGCAGCUGCAUCUGUGGUUGGGGCACCGAUGGGAGCAGCUGGGACACAGAGCCGUUCAGAGGACGAGGAGUCGACAGGGAUGAAAGAUAUCAAAAGAACAGCAACACAGGCAUUUGUUGGGGGUGGUGGUGUUGUGCCCAAUCGCAGGAGCUCUUCAAGGUCAAUUAAAAGGAAGAAAUUUGAUGAUGAACUGGUGGAGAGCAGCCUGGCCAAGUCAUCCAGCAGGGUCAAGGGCCCACCUGUCAUCGAGCCAAUCCGCUGCUCUGGGAGCGAACCCUCAUCCAAUGAGAAGAAGAAGAUGUCCAAGUCCAGCACGGCCCUCACGCCGCCCCUCACUAUGGUGAUCACCCCCCCGCCCAUCGCCAAGCGGGUGAAGAAGAGCAAGCAGCCCCUCCAGAUCACUAAAGACCUGGGCCGCUGGAAACCCACUGAUGACCUGCUGCUCAUCAACGCUGUGCUACAGACGACAGAUCUCACCUCUGUUCAUCUGGGAGUGAAAUUCAGCUGUCGUUUCACCCUGAGGGAGAUCCAGGAGCGCUGGUACUCUCUGCUCUAUGACCCCGUCAUCUCCAAGUUGGCAUGGCAGGCGAUGAGGCAGCUUCAUCCUGAGGCCAUUGCUGCAAUCCAGAGCAAAGCUCUCUUCGGUCAGGCUGAGGAGGCUCUACUGGCCAAGAUUGCAUCAAGCAGUCAGCCCAAGCUGGAGGUGUUCCAGGAGCUGCUGAGUAAGCACCCCAGUGUGUUCUACCCCUCCCGCACACCCAAGAGCAUGCUGGUGCACUGGCAGCUGCUCAAACAGUACUACCUGCUGGAGGACCAGAGUGUCCAACCUUUCCCUAAAGGUGACCAAGUCCUCAACUUCUCUGAUGCUGAGCAGCUGGUGGAUGAUGCUAAGCUAAAGGAGAGCAGAGAUGAGGUGCUGGAGCAUGAGCUGAUGAUAUCUGACCGCCAUCAGAAGAAGGAGAUAAGGCAGCUGGAGCAGGAGCUACCACGCUGGCAGGUCCUGGUGGACAGCAUCACAGGUAUGAACUCUCCAGACUUUGACAACCAGACGCUGGCAGCUCUGAGAGGCCGAAUGGUUCGCUACCUUAUGAGGUCACGAGAGAUCACCCUGGGCAGAGCCACCAAGGACAAGCAAAUAGAUGUGGAUCUGUCUCUGGAAGGACCUGCCUGGAAGAUCUCCAGGAAACAAGGGAUAAUUAAACUGAAGAACAACGGGGACUUCUUCAUAGCCAACGAGGGCCGCAGGCCCAUCUACAUAGACGGCAGACCAGUCCUGUCGGGCAACAAGUGGAAACUCAACAACAACUCUGUAGUGGAGAUUGCAGGUCUUCGUUUUGUGUUUCUGAUUAACCAGGAGCUGAUCUCACUCAUCAAGGCAGAAGCAGCUAAGAUGAAUCAGCAGUGAGAGAGAGCGAGGCCAAGAUAGCUGCUUUUAGCAACACUGGUGCAUUGGCACACAAGCAUUGCUGGGAGUUGGGUUGCAAAAACUGAACAGUCCGCAGGCCAGAAGUUAAUACAAUUAUAUUUCAACUUACUCUGCCGGUGGUCUUGACGGUUGGUCCUUAUAGCGAGUGGAAUUUGAGACAAAAUAUCAAAGUAUGUGGAAAGUCUGUUAAAUAAUAACUUUUAUAUAAUUUUUCUCAAGUUCCCCAACUGUCCAGACCACCUGCAGAGUUAGUUGAAAUUGAAUUUUAUUUAACUUCAUGCUCUGUUGCGGAAAGACUGAGACAUGUUUGAUAGUGUCUUGUUGCUGUAUUGUUUGUCCUUCAUGUUCUAAUACUUCAGUUACCCCUUCCUUGUGUUUUUUUGUAAUAAUAAAAAUAAAAAAACUUCUUGCUCCCCCCCGCCUGUUCUGUUUUUUAGCAACCCAAUUCCCAGCAAUGCUAGUGUGUCAGUGCACCAGUGUUGCUAAAAGCAGUUAAGGGUAAGACCCAUGCCUGUGUCCACUGCCCAGCCAGCUCCUUCAUACAGAGCAACGUACGGUGGCCAAUGGACACGACCAGGAGCCUAAUGGACACCCCCAGGAGCCUAGUAGACGAGGACCACAUGAAGGACCACAGAUUUGAAGGAAAGUAACCAGGAACCCCUUUAGUCAUGGUUAUACAGUGGAGUAAGAGCACGACACACACACACACUCUGAGAAUGAUUGUGGUCUUUGGCUACAUCACAUAUCUUUCCGCUGCUGAACAUUUUAGGGUGAAUCUCAUCUCAAAGAACCUAAAUGAUACUUUCCUUGUAACUACAGGACCGUAACACCAGUUUAGUCUUGUUUUAAAGUUUAAAUUGGGAUUCAUAUCAGGAGGUUCCACAGUGCCUUUUAAGACAAUGGAUUUGUUUUAAAACUGUGUUUCCUUUUAGUUCAUACAGGUUUAGGUUGAAUUGGUACAUGCAAAGAUACAUUUAGGACCACGAUAGGGAAUCAGUCAUAAAAAGUGAUAUUGUGUAUGUAUGUAUUAGUGCUACUUAAGCCAAAGCCAUGUAAAAGUCAAUGUGACAGUUUGUUUGAUUUUUGUAUGAACGCUUGGAUUAAAAUGUGUCAUUAGUUGAGCCA